ACCAGGUUCACCAGUUUCAGUUUCGUCUUCCAAUGAAAGAUGAAAAAAACCCUUCCCAUUCUCCCUCCCCUUUUUUCAAUCCUCUUGAAUUCCCUCUCCUCCCUCGCGCCAAAAGCGUGACAGUACUUUCAGUUGAAACCCCCUCAUCAUAAAGCCCUCCCGAUUCGUCCUUCCCUCCCAUGCCGAACACCACCCAAGGUCGAUGAAAUGUUUGAUUUCUUAUCUGACUGAAGGUUUGGCCAUCGAUGGUUCGACCAAUCAGACCUGAAACUCUGAAAAAGAUGGCUCCUUUGCCCGGCUACGAUGGUAUUCGAAUCAAAUCCGGAAACGGAGUCCACGAUAACAAUGCCUGGUCGGACGAGCACGACUGCGUUCCGUUGAAGCAUCGCCUGAAAAUGCUGCUCGCUGCUACACGCCUUUCGGAUUCAUCCGAUUCCGAAUCGUGGAAAGCGAGUAAAGGCCCCUCUGUUCCCCCAAUUGAUGUUGUUAAUAAGGAAGAUCAACAUCUUUUGCAGGGGCUUGUAAUGAAUGGUUUCAAUCCUGCUUUUUCUGCUCAGGAAGAGAGCAAUCAGAUGUUUUCACCAGAACAAAGUCAAACUGGUUUGCUUGGUGAUAAAAGUUCCCAAGGGACUGAAGGGAAUGAGAAUGUGAGCUCAAAUGGGAUAAAAUCUAUUGAAGCUAACGGUGACACUGUUUUAGUGGAGAAAGUAGAUGCCUGUUCAAGCACUUUGACCCCAUGUUCAGUGCUGUCAAUGUAUCAUGUCAAAGCAGAAGUUGAUUAUCCAGAUCACAAUUUAACAACUUCACAGGGGAAUGGUGUGGAAGGUGCUUUGGAUACCGAAUUGCGAGCAGUUAACUUAAGGAAAGAGAUUGCCAAUGACUUGGUGGAUGAUCUUGAUCAUAUUGUUCUGAAAGAGAGGCGAAGGUUGCUGCUAUCAAGGAAGUCGUUGGAAUUGACAAAACCAGUGUUGGAGGGUAAUAAUUCAUGGCUGUCUAACGCAGUCGUGGGUGACACGAUUCAACAUAGUAUCAGUAGAGCAAAGAAAAAGAAUCACAACGGUGAUGCAGAAUCCUUGGUGGCUGGAAAUCAUACUCAUGCUCCAGCAAUAAAUGCUUCUGAUUUUAACAUGACUUCAAAAUCUGGUAAAUCGAAGGGUAUUAUUGCAGGAUCAUCCUCUACAAUACUAAAUCAUUCUUCAUCAAUGCGGUCUUGCCAGGGGACCAAAUCUGCUAAACCAGGAGUUGCUGGAAUAACAGAAAAUGACAGGACAUGCUCAUCUAAGAAGGCUUCCAUCACCAAUGAAUCAUUUGGACAUGAUUUUGCCUCUAACCCUCAUCGCAUGCUGGGUUUAGCAUUAUCAUCAACCUUUGUAAAUAUCAAAGCUGAACCCUUGGAUCAUGGUGAUGCACAUAAACUGGAAAAGGAUGCUGCAUACAAUUCCCCCUCUAAUCGCGUAGUAUCUGUGAAGAGUGAACUGGAAAUUCCUGAAGCAUCUUAUGGCAAUGAAGUAGACCAUAUGUUAUUGCGAGACAGGAUUAAACUGCUGGCAUCCAGGGAGCCUCCUAGUUUAAAUAGUUCCAGAAAUUUCGAGUGCUUGAAGAAGACUGUGCCUUGUGUCGUAGACUGCAGUCCUAUUGCAUCUGAAUCUGCUAAACCUAUAAGAAUCAACCGUCCACGGAAGAAAAGGAAAACUGCCACUGAUUCGGUUGAAACAGCAAUGGAGGAAGAUGCUCCUGGACUUCUGCAGGUAUUAAUUGAGAAAGGGGUGCUAGUGAACGAAAUUAAGCUUUAUGGAGAGCCCGAGAGCGGUGAAGCCAUUGAUGACAGUGAAGACAGCUUUUCAGAGCUUGAAGAUGUGAUAUUGAAGCUUUUCUCUCAUCGCCAGUCCCAAUUGAAGUUGCCUCCGUUACGGUGCACAAAGGCUGAGAAGGCUAGUUAUUGCUUAGCUUGUUUAAUAUCGCUGGUGGAGCAAGCAAGAUAUCUACAAUUCCUGAAAUGGCCUGUUGAAUGGGGGUGGUGCCGUGACUUGCAGUCAUUUAUAUUUGUGUUUGAAAGACAUAACAGAAUAGUGCUGGAACGUCCUGAAUAUGGAUUUGCAACAUACUUCUUUGAGUUGGUAGAUUCCCUACCCAUCCAUUGGCAGAUUAAGCGGUUGGUGACUGCAAUGAAGCUUACUAGCUGUAGCAGGGUUACACUAAUUGAGAAUAAAGCAUUAAUGGUUGGAGAGGACUUGACUGAAGGUGAAGCACGCGUAUUGACCGAGUAUGGUUGGAUACCAAACACUGGCUUGGGAACCAUGCUCAACUACUGUGACAGAGUUGUUCAUGACAAGAAGAAUGAGAGGGACAGCUCGGAGUGGAAGUCAAAGAUUGGGAAGUUACUUAUGAAUGGGUAUAAUGGUGGAACUAUUGUUCCAACUGAUAUCCCAAAGAAGGUUAUAGGUUACAGUGGUGCUCAAGGUCCUGAAAUCAAGUUGGAGCUCUAACCUAGAGGUUAGUUGAUUCAUUCAAGAAGGUUGUAUAUGCUCGUUAAAUAUGACGUACAUUUUAAGCAUGACUUUGGUUAUGAUAGAAAAACAAAAACAAAAAACAAAGCAUGACUUUGGUUUAGUGUGUUCCUUGCAGAAUCGUGGAAUCAUCUUAGUAGUAUUUUGUUGCAGUUAUUAGGUGGAUGCAUGUACAUGUGUUGGGUUUAAUGCUUUAAUAGUUCCUUGGCAAUUAAGCAGUGUUUGCGAUUUUCAUA